AUGCCGGCCGCCAACCUCACGGCUAUACCACUGGAGCUCUUCGAGACCAUCGCGCAAGAUGUCGCGCGCAAAGACCUCAAAUCUCUACGCCUCGUGUCAAGCGAAGCCAACUCCAAAGUCCUCACCUUCUUCAGCAAAACCUUCUUCCCACACCAAGCCUUCUACCUCAACUCGCAGAAGAGCCUCGAGCUGGCUGUCGAGGUCACGCGACAUGCAGCUUUCGCCCCCGCAAUCAAGACGAUCUCUUUGUGCAUCGAGGAAGUCCACAUCCGCGCGAGUCUCUCUUCUGAGAUUGAGGGAGCUCGGAAGGCGAGGCUUCGAGCGGUGGAGGCAGGGGCAGAUAUCACGGCGUAUGCGAGGAUUGAGGAAGGCCUGAUCAAAUACCGCAAGGCACUCGAGGAGGAGAAAUCUUUUCAGUCGAGUGGGGCUCAAACAGCACUCUUACGACAGAUCUUCAUCAACCUCGCGGAGCACGGCAACCUAUCUAGGCUUGAAUUGACGGAUCGAGCUACUUCUGGGCGUGAUCCACUGGUCCUGCCCGGCAUGGAAGGUUUCGUCUACCGUACGCCGUUGGCCUUGCCUGCUUGUCGAGAUGGGGCGCCUUUCACGCUGGUCUCAGAGGCACUCGAGCAUGCUCGCUCCCAAGCAUCUACGCCUCGAGAACUUCUUGUAUCGACGUUGGUAGUCUGUACCAAACGUUGGGCACUGCCAGGGCGGCAUUUGAACAAGCUAUCGCAAUUCAACGGCAUACAAUAUCUCGACAUAACAGUAUGCGGCAAAGGUAGCGAAGCACAAUUCGCCCCUUUCAUCAAGUCACUCGAGCAUGCAGCAGGGGGAAGCCUCAAGUCCCUCAACCUCAAGGUUACCGUGCCAUUGUUGCGGGGGACCUACCGCCACACGUUCUCAACGCCAUUCCUUGACGCAGUCUUCCCCGAGGUGGAGACACUCAGCAUAAGUGGAGGCUCGUUCGUCAUCAAGGAACUUGCCCAAUUCGUCAAGAGGCAGCCACGGCUGGGACAACUGGAUCUGAAAGGCUUGGUCCUCGUCGUGACGAAGAAAGAGAGGAAGGCUAUGGAGAAAGAAGGGCUCGAGGCUUUGAUCGGCGUGAAAGGCACGUACCAGAGCUUGAUAGCAACUAAGGCCAAGCGCGUGAGAGGCACGAACCAGGGCGUUAGCUAA